AUGCUUAUAACUCGGUCAGUUUCCAAUGGAUCUUCAAUUGUAGCACAUAUUUGGAUAGAUCUGGUCAUUAGCUACCAAAAGUUAUUCUACGCCGAUGUGCUAAGUUGUCUGUGGAAAAAGUUAUUCGAGGUACAAAGACUUAACAUUUUCUCAACUUUUCCAAAAAAAUUCCUCAUUUUGCCACUUUGGAUGCUUUUAACUCGGUCAGUUUCCAAUGGAUCUUCAAUUGUAGCACAUAUUUGGAUAGAUCUGGUCAUUAGCUACCAAAAGUUAUUCUACGCCGAUGUGCUAAGUUGUCUGUGGAAAAAGUUAUUCGAGGUACAAAGACUUAACAUUUUCUCAACUUUUCCAAAAAAAUUCCUCAUUUUGCCACUUUGGAUGCUUAUAACUCGGUCAGUUUCCAAUGGAUCUUCAAUUGAAGCACAUAUUUGGAUAGAUCUGAUCAUUAGCUACCAAAAGUUAUUCUACGCCGAUGUGCUAAGUUGUCUGUGGAAAAAGUUAUUCGAGGUACAAAGACUUAACAUUUUCUCAACUUUUCCAAAAAAAUUCCUCAUUUUGCCACUUUGGAUGCUUAUAACUCGGUCAGUUUCCAAUGGAUCUUCAAUUGUAGCACAUAUUUGGAUAGAUCUGGUCAUUAGCUACCAAAAGUUAUUCUACGCCGAUGUGCUAAGUUGUCUGUGGAAAAAGUUAUUCGAGGUACAAAGACUUAACAUUUUCUCAACUUUUCCAAAAAAAUUCCUCAUUUUGCCACUUUGGAUGCUUAUAACUCGGUCAGUUUCCAAUGGAUCUUCAAUUGUAGCACAUAUUUGGAUAGAUCUGGUCAUUAGCUACCAAAAGUUAUUCUACGCCGAUGUGCUAAGUUGUCUCUGGAAAAAGUUAUUUGAGGUACAAAGACUUAACAUUUUCUCAAUUUUUCUAAAAAAAUUCCUCAUUUUGCCACUUUGGAUGCUUAUAACUCGGUCAGUUUCCAAUGGAUCUUCAAUUGUAGCACAUAUUUGGAUAGAUCUGGUCAUUAGCUACCAAAAGUUAUUCUACGCCGAUGUGCUAAGUUGUCUGUGGAAAAAGUUAUUCGAGGUACAAAGACUUAACAUUUUCUCAACUUUUCCAAAAAAUUCCUCAUUUUGCCACUUUGGAUGCUUAUAACUCGGUCAGUUUCCAAUGGAUCUUCAAUUGUAGCACAUAUUUAGAUAGAUCUGGUCAUUAGCUACCAAAAGUUAUUCUACGCCGAUGUGCUAAGUUGUCUGUGGAAAAAGUUAUUUGAGGUACAAAGACUUAACAUUUUCUACAUUUUUUA